AUGCGCAAAUGUACCGACACCGUGACUGAAAGACACCUGGCCAAGAGGCGGCGCCGGUGGGGGGAUCUUGGACUAGAAGGGACAUUCCUUAGUGAAGUUCUCUAUAAGAAUGCUGCCUUUCUCAACCUUGUGGAUCCCAUCUCCCAUGAGCUCUUGAUGAGCCUAGCCAGAGACCUGCAGUGCCCCAAGAAGGAAUAUGACCCUUGGAAGUCUGCAGAUCGGAUCUGCCGGCAGCUGAUUUAUCAUUUGACUCCUCAUUCAAAAUGGCAACAGCACAGCAUGCCGUGUCGGAAAUCACAGGCAAGUCUGAAGAACGCAUUACAGAAGAAGCUGAGCCAAGAUGCUAUGCACCUAUCAGGGAUCCCCCUUUCCACACGGGACAUCCAUCGCAUGGCCUAUUACCUGCAGAACAAUGGCCACAGCCUCAGCAUAGUGGACCUGAGCUUCACUGACUUGAAUGAUGAUAAGCUGCACCUCCUGCUUCCUGUUCUGUGGUCACUGCCCAAACUCACACAUCUCUCCCUCAACGGGAAUCGCCUGACCAAAGCCACUGUGAAAGAACUGACUGAAGCCAUGAAGGACAUGAACCGGUUCCCUUGCUUGGCCUGGAUUGACCUUGGCAACAAUGUAGAUGUCUCUUCUAUGCCACAGCCUCUGCUGGUUGGCUUGCGGAAGCGUCUCAAUUUGCAGACCACCCUGCCUACCAUCUAUGAGUCCCUCGACAGUGAUUCCGAGCUCUCUAUCAGCCCCAAGAUUGGCCAGCUAGAAGGCACAGAGGUGGCAGCAGCAGCAGUAUUGCAAGCUGACAAGGCACAGCCAAAGGUUGAAGAAGAGUCAUGCAUCUUCCCCCUAUGUGAAAGGUGACUGCGCAAAUUAAGACCUUCUGUACAAGUCAAGAAUGAUGCCAUGGCAGUAGUAUUUGCUGUGCAGGCGCAAGGCCUCCAGCUCUUCCAGCCAGUUUUGUUUGGCACUUCUCUUGCCUUUAACAGCCCCGAUCAACUGUACGUUUAUCCAGUGAAAGACCACUGCACUUCACAGCCAGAGUCUUCAUUUCACGUACUUUGUAACGGGAUCAGUCACUUACCGUGAUGAAAAGGAACCCAUCAGUAGAUAAACAAUUUGUAGGAACUCAGAACAACCUCCAGGUAGCACCGGCUGGGAUAAAGUACAAGUGGUUGCCUUCUUCUUUCCCUUUCUUCCCCUCAACUUAUUAAGUGUCGGGGAGGCAAUGACUCCACAGUGAGGGUUCUGCGUUUAAAGGCUGAGCCGCUCCUCGAGAGGGCCUUGACAAGAAAAGCAAGCACAAGCUACUCCCUUGUGCUAAGCGCCCUCCCCACUGCAGUGGUGUUUUCAUUCUCCAAACAAAGGGCAAUGGAAUCCCACAUUCCGCUCUGUGUGCAGACCAAGAGAACAUGUGACUGGGUUGCAGUGUCAGGGUAUUUCAAGCCCAGGCAUUAGAGAUGGGUGUCUCUACUCUGUCUCUUUGGGUAUCAAAAGAAACAAGUAUUGCAGAUACUGCUGUUGUUUGGAGGGGGAGGAGGAGGAAUGCUUGUAUCGCUUGGGCUGCUUGAUACAGAGAUAUGAACCUGUCUAAAACACAUCACAACUCUGCCUUGCUUGCUGCCCAAUGGGGAUGGCUUAAUUUUAAAGCAGUGUUAAAAUACAUCAAUACCAGUGCGGAAACAGACAAUGCAGUACUUCCCACAGUUUGCUGUAUGCAAUGAAGAACAAUAAAUGACUUUUCCCCUUAAAGGUGGAACACGUUAAUAGGGAGUGAGCAGAAUCACCACAGACCUCCAAGACAACUGACUUAAAAGUUCCUCUAUUCAAGCCCUGCUGCACUGAAUGGAAGGUAUGCAAGAGCAGUCGAGAGGGGGCCCAUUUUCUGUAUUAAAACAGAAUGUCUUCAUUACAAAUUAAUGUAAUUCAAGUGCU